AUGGAGCGAAGAUCGCAGCGCGAGGUGGCGCGGCAGGUGCUACUAGCUCGGCAGGCAGAGGCUGCCAGUCUAGCGAGAGCGGCGGCGAGCGCGGCGGCGGCUGCGACGGCCAGUCCGAGCUCGAGCGGCGCCGCUGCAGAGGUGGCACACGCGAGCAGCGGCGCAGCGGGUGCAGACGUGGCAGCGCGCGCUUCCGUGGAGGCUGCGCGCGACCGCUACGCAAAAGGUUGGGCCUCUCUCAGCGCGUGGGAUGAGACCGUGGCGGUCGGCCCGGCAGUGCCGACGCGCAAGCUGGGCUUCGCCGAGAUUCCGUGGCCCGUCCUCGCGGCUCCCGCUGGUGGCGCGGGGCCCCUCCGCCUGAUCCUCGACGAUUUGCGCCAGCUCAUUGUCCCCGCCGACGCCGCCGGCUCUGAGGCGGCUCGACGCUCCGUGCAGGACGAGCUGCGACGGUGGCACCCGGACAAGUUCGUCGCUCGUUUCGGCGGCGUUCUGCUUGCGUCCGAGAAGGACGCUGUGCUGGAGGGCGUGAACCUUACCUCGCAGUGCUUGACCGAGCUGCUCUCGCAGCUGUGA